CCAAUAACAUUCAAGAUCUUUAAUUAGUUAAAGAAGCAAAAACCUACAAACCCAUCAUCUCUCAAUCUUCUUCUAAACACUCUUGAAUUCAAAAGAAAUAAAAAUGGAAGAAACGAAAAACAAGAAUGGUAAUAUGCAAAACAGAAAGAAACUCCAAGUUGUUAAAGGUGGUGGUGGUGGGAUUGGUGUAGUUCUAUUGUGGGGUGGAGUUUUUGCUGUUGCUACUUUUGUUGUCACUUUGAUUAACAAAAGAAACAAGAGAAGAUUGAAUUUUCCAACUGAUGAUAAGAAGAAAUCUAAUCGCACGGAUUGUGAUGUUGGUGAAGAAGAAGAAAGAAACCAAGGCCUUCGUUCCCUACUUCAAUCCCAGAUACCAAUUAGUGACCCUCAUAUCUGCUGUCCCGGCAUUAGUAUUGGGAACAAUGUUAUCAAGAUGGGUUCAUCUCAGCUUCAGGAAGAUGAGUUGAGGACUGUUGCCACCUGUGGAGAUCUGAAGAUUGUCAACAACUUUAAUGAUCUUGUCAAGGAUAGAGUUGUCACUGUGGAUAUUGAAGGGGAUUCAUUGUCCGAGAUGGAAAUGUGUAAGAGUGGCCAGGACAACAGUAACAAGGAAGAUUGUUUUGAGGACUCCAUAUCGGUGGAAGCUGUUCAAGAGGUUGGAGGUGCAGUUGAGCUACCUGUGACAGCCCGCAAUGUCCGCUGCCAGGAUGGGAAUCUUAAGAUGUUACUGGAGGACAGUGCUGAAGAUGAGGACGACAAUGACGAAGAAGAAUACGAAGAUGAGGAGCUGGAGGAAGAAGAUGAAGAUGACAUUUAUGACGAUGACGAAUCAAUUGAAGGGAAAGGAGAUGAGGAUUCAGAAGGAACAGGGGAGUCUUCGAGGGAAUCAAAUGCUGAGGCAAUAUGGCCAGCAGAAUUGAUCGAAGAACACCAACACCUGGAACUGAAGAAACGCAAUGAUCAAACCAAAGAAGAAAACAUCGAUGAAGAAGGUACAAAAAAAUUGGAGGUGGCUUGGAAGGGAAAUGCAGAUAUUCUUCAGCAAGAUCACGCAGGCGAGAAAGAAACAGGCUGUAUGAUGAUGGGUAACUGUGCAUCAUUGAUUCUUAUUUCAAAGUCGAGAUUACGUACGUGGUCAUCAUUAACUGUGGGUCUACUGAUUCUUGCAGUCGUGCAUCAUCUCCUGGUGUCUUCAUUUCUGAAUCUAAAUAUUUCAUUGUAAUGCAAUAA